AUGGCGUCUCCCGCCGGACCCCGGCUGACCUGCCCCGAGGCCGCCGUCUCUAGGACGCUCCUCCUCCUCCUCGCCUGGGUCCUGGUCCAGGCGGCCGGAGCCUCAGACACUACAGGUGUGGUAGUAGCAUAUAAUUUAACUUGGAAAUCAACGAAUUUCAAGACAAUUUUGGAGUGGGAACCCAAACCCAUCAAUCAUGUCUACACUGUUCAAAUAAGCCAUAGGUUAGGAAAUUGGAAAAGCAAAUGCUACUUCAUCACAGACACAGAGUGUGACCUCACUGAUGAGAUUGUGAAAGACGUGAAGCAGAUAUACUCAGCGCGGGUCCUUUCCAUGCCUGCCAAUGCCACCGGUUACGAGGGGGAGCCCAAGUACACAAACUCCCCGGAGUUCAUUCCUUACUUAGAGACAAGCCUCGGACGGCCAACAAUUCAGAGUUUUGAGCAAAUUGGGACAAAACUGAACGUGACGGUACAGGAUACAAGGACCUUAGUCAGAAAGAAUGGCACAUUCCUGAGCCUCCGGGAUGUCUUUGGCGAGGACUUAAGUUACACACUUUACUAUUGGAAAGCUGCAAGUACAGGAAAGAAAAUGGUCAAGACGAACACUAAUGAGUUUUCGAUUGAUGUGGAGAAAGGACAAAACUACUGUUUCAAUGUUCAAGCCGUGAUUGCCUCACGAAAAGCUAACCAGAGGAGUCCAGAAAGCCCCAUUGAGUGCACCAGCCACGAGAAGGGCAUUUUCAAAGACAUCUUCUUCAUCAUCGGAGCAGUGGUGUUCGUAGCCAUCAUCUUCAUCAUCACCCUAGCCCUGUGUCUGUACAAGUGCAGGAAGGACAGAAGAAGGCGAAGUGGCAAGGAGGGCUCCCCCUACGGUGUUGCGUAA